GACAUUUAGCAACAGAAUAUAACUUUAUAACUGUAAAAGUCAUUUUGUUAUUACGUCAAGAGUCAGAGCUCAUAUUGUAUUCAGAGAAUUAACAUUUACUGCAUUUACUUACAGAAAUAAAAUCAGUCUGAUACUCAGUUCUCUUCUUUCAUCUCUGCAGAUAUCAAAGUGUUGAUGCUGCUUUUUGCCCAGUUUCACCUAAAUUCAGCUCAGGACGCUCUGAUCGUUCCCACCAAACUGCAGGUCUUUGAAUACAGCUCCAUCUCCAUCAACUGUCAGGGCUCAAACUCCACCACUGGGUGGACCGUCAUGAGGAAGAUAAAGGGAAAGGUCGGUGAGUGUGUGAGCACCUGGCUGACGACACCAGCGACCAGCUGUGCCAUCAAACCUGUGUACUCAACAGACAGCGGAGAAUACUGGUGUGAGGCUGGAGAGGAGAGAAGCAACGCCGUCAACAUCACCAUCACCGGCGGCUCAGUGAUCCUGGAGAGUCCUGUCCUCCCUGUGACGGAGGGCGACACUGUGACUCUGCGCUGCAGAAGCAAAAUGACCUCGUCUGCCCUCAUCGCUGAUUUCUAUAAAGACGACCUCCUGAUCGGCACCAGCUCCACCGGAGAGAUGAUCGUCCACAGUGUCUCUACAUCUGAUGAAGGACUUUACAGAUGCAGCAUCUCUGAGUUUGGAGAGUCGCCGCAGAGCUGGCUGGCCGUCAGAGCAGUUCCCAGGGAGACUCCGCCCCCCUCAGACGACUCGUGCCACGCUUACCUCAUCUUAAGGACCACUUUCACCAUUGUAAUGGUGGCUCUGCUGCUGCUGCUGGUGGGACUGCUCCACUGCGGGAAACUCAGAGUCACACAAAUUGUCACUGUGUCACACUCACAGGCAGAGACGACUGCCACCGUGAACAAGACAGGCGAGUCAGUGAUGGAGGACACUGAGGGCGGAGUUAGUCUAUAA